GGCCGUACGGCAGUGGGCGUGGCCUGGCGGAUGCGGCGGGCGCGCCGGCUGCGCCGUCAGGCUCUCUGUUGUCAUGGUGGGGCCCUGGGUGUACCUGGCGGCGGCGGUUUUGCUCAUCGGCCUUAUCCUCUUCCUGACUCACAGGCGGGGUCGGGCGGCAGCAGCUCGUGGAGAACCACUGCACAAUGAAGAACGGGCAGGAGCAGGCCAGGUAACCCGGUCUUCGCCUCAGGAGUCUGAGGAGCAGAGAACUGGAGGCAGGCCCCGGCGUCGGAGGGACUUGGGCAGCCGUCUACAGGCCCAGCGUCGAGCCCAGAGAGUGGCCUGGGCAGAAGUGGAUGAGGACGAGGAUGAAGCUGUUAUUCCCGCCCAAGAGGAAGAAGCUGCUGAGAAACCAGCAGAAGCUCACCCAACAGGGAAAAUCGGAGCCAAAAAACUGCGGAAGUUAGAGGAAAAACAGGCUCGAAAAGCCCAGCGUGAGGCAGAGGAGGCUGAACGUGAGGAGCGGAAACGCCUAGAGUCCCAACGUGAGGCCGAAUGGAAGAAGGAAGAGGAGCGGCUUCGCCUGAAGGAAGAACAGAAGGAAGAGGAAGAGAGAAAGGCUCGGGAGGAGCAGGCCCAGCGGGAGCACGAGGAGUACCUGAAAUUGAAGGAGGCCUUCGUGGUAGAAGAGGAAGGUGUUAGCGAAACCAUGACUGAGGAGCAGUCUCACAGCUUCCUGACAGAAUUCAUCAAUUACAUUAAGCAGACCAAGGUUGUGCUUUUGGAAGACCUGGCUUUCCAGAUGGGCCUGAGGACUCAGGACACCAUAAACCGCAUCCAGGACCUGCUGGCGGAGGGGACUCUAACAGGUGUGAUUGACGACAGGGGCAAGUUCAUCUACAUAACCCCAGAGGAACUGGCUGCCGUGGCCAAUUUCAUCCGACAGCGGGGCCGGGUGUCCAUCACUGAGCUUGCCCAGGCCAGCAACUCCCUCAUCUCCUGGGGCCAGGACCCCCCUGUCCAGGCUUCAGUCUGACUCCAGCCCUUCUCUCUUGAAUGUAUCAUGUGGCCUACAUGCAUCUUCAUUCUUCCCUGCCAUCUUGGGGCAGGGAUGGAAUAUGACCAGAAAGUUGUGGAUUAAAGGCCUGUGAGCACUGCUGA